GUGGGUCAUUACUCUGUGGACUUCUGUUCCUCCUGAAUUCACUGGAGCUCUGUUGAAACUGUGCUUACAGAUGAGCACUGCACGGCAGAUCCAGAACUGCUCCAGAUUUAUACGUCAUUCAGCUCAGUUAACCUGCAGAAGAAGGGUUUGUACUUCGCAGCACAUAAUGGCGUCGAGGCACACGCACGCUAAAAGAAUUGAGGGGCUGGACAAGAACGUUUGGGUGGAGUUUACAUCGGUGGCAGCCGACCCCUCCAUCGUUAACCUCGGUCAAGGCUAUCCAGACAUCCCUCCACCUUCUUACGUCAAGGAGGCUCUAAUGAAGGCUGUAUCAGUGGAUCGCAUGAACCAGUACACCCGAGGCUUUGGCCAUCCAUCUCUAGUGAAAGCCCUCUCUCAGGUAUAUGGGAAGGUCUAUGAACGUCAGAUUGACCCCUACAAGGAAAUCCUGGUCACAGUGGGGGGUUAUGGGUCGUUAUUCAGCACCAUGCAGGGCCUGAUCGAAGAAGGAGAUGAGGUCAUCAUAAUCGAACCUUUUUUUGACUGCUAUGUACCUAUGGUUCGAAUGGCGGGGGCCAAGCCAGUGUUGAUCCCAUUACGACUUAAGUCUGGAAAGAAGACAAUCACAAGUGCUGACUGGUAUCUUGACCCAGAAGAACUUUCUGAAAAAUUCAACUCCAAGACCAAGGCCAUCAUCAUCAACACCCCCAACAAUCCAGUUGGGAAAGUUUUCACCAGAGAUGAGCUGCAGAUGAUCGCAGAACUGUGCAUCAAACAUGACACGCUGUGCUUCAGUGACGAGGUUUAUGAGUGGCUUGUCUACAAGGGACAAGAGCAUGUCAAAAUGGCCACUCUGCCUGAAAUGUGGGACAGAACAAUAACAAUAGGCAGCACAGGAAAAACCUUUAGUGUUACUGGAUGGAAGCUCGGCUGGUCUAUAGGGCCCGAACAUUUGAUCAAACAUCUUCAGACUGUCAUGCAGAAUACUCUGUACACCUGUCCAACACCUUUACAGGAGGCGGUGGCACAAGGUUUACUGCUGAACUCUGAGUUGAUGGGCCAGCCUGAGUGCUACUUCACCUCACUGGCUGAAGAACUUGAAGGAAAGCGAGACCGCCUGGCCUCCAUCCUGCAGGAGGUCGGCAUGACUCCCAUCAUUCCAGAGGGGGGUUACUUCAUGCUCGUCGAUGUUUCAUCUCUCAAUCAGGACCUGUCACAUAUGGUUGAUGAUGAGGUCUAUGACUACAAGUUUGUAAAGUGGAUGAUAAAAGAAAAGAAAUUAGCUGCUAUUCCCGUCACAGCAUUCGUCGGAGAGGAAUCGAAGAAGCAGUUUGAGAAAUACAUCCGUCUGUGCUUCAUAAAGAAAGACAGCACUCUGGAAGCAGCUGGAAACAUCUUGAAAAACUGGAGGAAAGUUUAGUUAAACUCUUUCUUCAGGAUGAACGAGUAGAGAUGAACUGAAGAAUAAUUCACAGGUUUUAUCUGUAUCCUGUGAUAGGAGCGAGGAUCCCACAGUAUGUUGUGACUUACAAAACAAAGAAAACUUUCAGAACAUCUUUGGUCAAAUUCUUUAUGAUAGAAGAUGUUUUUUUUUGUUUUUUUUUUAAGUUUUAUGCCUUUUGUGGACAACACAACAAACAAUAAAUC